GCCUCACCUUCACUCUCCCGGGCCUCCCUUCAGCUGGCAGAGCGACAUCAAUCCGUCCGACAUGGCAACGCGGUGGGGCAUCUGUGGAGCGGGGAAGAUCAGCCAUGACUGGAACGUGGCGAUGAAGACACUUCCUGCCGAGGAACACCAGGUUGUGGCUGUAGCUGCAAGAAGCCUGGAGCGUGCACAAGACUUUGCCAAAAAGCACAGCAUCCCCAAGGCUUAUGGCAGCUAUGAAGAGCUCGCCAAAGACCCUAACAUUGACAUUGUGUACCUGGGCGUCCUGCACAUACAGCACCUGCGUGUCGGGCUGUUGUUCCUGAACGCGGGGAAGAACAUGCUGUGUGAGAAGCCCUUCGCCAUGAACUCCAGAGAGGUCAAGCAGCUGAUAGACGCCGCCAAGAAGAACAAUGUGUUCCUCAUGGAGGGAAUCUGGUCGCGCUGCUUCCCCGUGCAGAGGGAGGUCAGCCGCCUGCUGGCCGAGGAGGCGGUGGGGGAGGUGAAGGUGGUCAAGGCCUACUUCGGCUCCCCGCAGUUGCACAUCCCGCGCUCCGUGGAGAAGGAGCUGGGGGGAGGUGCCCUGUUGGACAUCGGCGUCUACUGCUUGCAGUUUGUGCUCAUGGUCUUCCAGGGGGAGAGGCCGGAGUCCAUCCACGCUACGGGACACCGUCUGGAGUCAGGGGUGGAUGAGGUCAUGUUUGUGGUGCUGAAGUUCUCCAGGAACCGCAUUGGCCUUUGCGGGUUCUCCAUUGGUGUGCCCCUGCCCAACGAUGCCACCAUCAGUGGCACAAAGGGCUCCAUCAGGAUCCCCUCUCCCAUGUGGUGCCCUUCAGCCCUGGUGGUGAAUGGGACGGAAACGGAGUACCCGCUGCCUGAGCCCUGCAUGCCCAUGAACUUCACCAACAGCACCGGCCUACGCUACGAGGCCCAGGAGGUGCGCCAGUGUCUGCUCAAAGGAUUGAAGGAGAGCAUCAGGAUGCCUUUGGCUGAUUCUGCCCUUCUAGCAGAGGUCAUGGACGAGGCCAGAAGACAAGUGGGAGUGGUCUUCAGCCAGGACAGCCAAUGACAGCUUUGUGUCUUCAGCAUUUCCUGACAACUGAAUGAUAUUGCCUGGUGUGAAACAUCCAGCACUGUUAUCAGGCCUUGUCCAGUGAUGGGUGUGGAACCAUAGAUAUAUAGAAUGGCUAGAUGUCUCGUCCGCGCUGCUUGCCAAUGGAGGUCGACCUCGCAGCCAUCUUGCCACAGUCAGCUCGCUAACUCAACAUUGUGUU